UCUUAAAAAGCCCAAAUAAAAACUUUACUAUCUAUGACUCUAGAUAUGUAGUGCACUAGUGGGUAUUCUGUGCUAGUGGGUAGUAUAGUGUUCUGUGGUGGUGGGUGUGCUAUUUUUAAUUACUAAAACGUAAACGCUGUGCGGAUUAUUUAAUAAUUUGUAAAUCUUAGAUUGUUUCCAUAUAUUUUAAGGACGUAACGUAAUUUUUAUUACUUCAAUUUGUUUAUAAGGCCAUGGAAAAGAUCAACAAAAUAUUCGACAGAAUUCAUAAGUUGACACACGAGGAGGGACAGUCGGAUUUCAGAUUAGUAUUAUUAAAUGUUGCAAAUAUAUCAGAAGAACAAGUUAACCUAGAACCUGACAAAAUAAGCGAUCACUUUGAACUUCUGAACAAAUUUUUACAUAAUUUUUUUAUAGAAAUUGAUGAAUUAUCUUCGGAGAUACAAAAAGAUGAAACAAUUCUUAUCAGUGUUAAGAACCAGAAGUUGUUACGAAGCUGUUUUCAACUGAUUACGUCGCUGGGCUUUUCUUCAUGUCUGAUCCCAGGGCUGGGCCUUAGUUUAACCAAACGAUGUUCUUCGGCUGUUAUGUUACCGUCGCUGUCCUUGACGGAUGAGCAAAAAUACAAGUUAUUAGUAGACUGUGCUGACUUCUUCGAAAGAUGUUAUAAAGUACCUGUUCUCAAAAACAUUAUUGUCACUUUUCAUCUAUCUGACUACUUGGCUGCACUUAUACAACUAUCAUUUGCGCCUCUUAAAAAGCCAGGAACAUAUAGAAACUUUACUAUGACUCAAGAUAUGUAUGACCAACUAAACAAAGACAGGCAAAGGUAUGUACGGAUCUAUGAACAUUUAAUUGCUAAUUGCUUCCAACCUAUUCUUAUGAAGGAACUAUUGGUGUUGCAAAGUGUCAAUGACCCUCCUCCACCUGUAUUUGUCCGGAGAGUGAUUGCAAAGGAAAUGAGCAGAAGACUACUUGUCCCUGGAGGGUUACUGAGCUUAAUCAGAUGUUUUAUUGAAAACUAUAACAUUGACACAGCAUUUCAAUGGAAGAAAAUUGACAUGAUAUGCAAAAUAGUUAUUGCUAAACAUGGCAAUGAUACAGAGGAAAACUACCUAGGUAAUAUAUGUUCACAGUUGUUUAAAAUUUUGGCAUUAAAUGACACUCAUUAUUUAGCAACAGCAGUUGCUUGUAUUUUACGUCUCCUUGAAAGGUAUCCACAGUCCAAUUCUGUAAAAGCCCUAACAACAGAAAUUUCCCAGGCAUUUGAUUAUGAUUAUCUUGCGUCACAGUCAGACUUACCUGGUACUAUCAUUCUGUCACCCCAGGAAUUAGAACAUAAAGUAAAUAUACUUCAUGCAUGCCUCUACAGCACAAAACUUGAUUGGCCUACUAAUUUAAUGAUGCCAAACCUGCAAGUAUUACUCCUUUUAGGUAUAAAAUGCAUUAAUAAAGAAGAACUAAGUACUAAAAUAAAGGGUAUUGUGCUAAAGUGCUUAGAACAGCUAAAUAAAAGUGACAUGCACGCAAUAAUUAAAAAAUAUUUGUUUGGAAAUUUCAAAUUAUCACAGAUUGCAAUAGAGGAAUUUGAGUCAGGGCUUACUAUAAAAUGCAUGCAAUUCCGAGAAAACUAUGCAAAGAGUGAUAUAGCUAUGUACUUCUUGACUUUAUUUAAAGCAUCAACAAACUCUGUUUUUGUACAAAAUGUAUUUGAAGCUUGUUCUAUGAUACUGAUUGAGUUGAGUAGCAUAAGAAGACAGAAAAGAAAUGAAAUUCUAUACAACCACGAAGAUGACAUUGUUCUUUUCAAUGAUACAGAUGAAAAUUAUGCAAAUAUUCUACAGUUACUUUCUGAAAUGUCAACCACACCCAAACUAGUAUCUACUUUGAGAGCCAAUCCUAUAAUAGUACUUCCUUUUAUUGAACAUUUUAUUUCUAAUACUAAAAAUAACUCUAAUGAUGAAUGUGUAACUAUUGCUCUGGUAGUCUUGAAUACAAUACUAUCAAACACAAUUAGAGACAAAGAUUUAGAACAUAGAUUGCAGAAUUUAAUACCAGUACUAAAAGGAAUCAGUCAAAACGAAUCUGAUCUAAUGAAUCUUCUAUGUAAUGAAGCUUUAUCUUUAAUUUCUUCUGAAGAAAAGCACACAAAAGAAACAUCAUGUAGUAAAGCAAUAGCACAUGUGUUUGAUAACUUAUUGCCUGUGAGGGCUCAUGGGAUAAUUGAAUUGACCAAACUCAUAGAUGCCAAAGACCCUGAGACUAUUUCUAAGAAACAUUAUAUUUUCUGUCUCUUCCAGGAACAACUAAAAGAACAAGAUUCCUACAUUUACCUGUCAGCUGUCUCUGGUAUGGCUUCAUUAGGUACCCACUGUACAGAAGAUGUGCUACAAAUUCUGUGUAAAGAGUUCUUACAAGGACCAACUGAACAGGACAGUAUUGUUACUAAUGAAGAUCAGAACAGAGCUGCUGAACUCAGAAUGAAAGUUGGCGAUAUUAUUGUGAAAGUAACAAAAAGGCUAGGUGAAAUGGCGAUAUUGCAUAAAACACUGUUACUGAAUACUAUACUGACCGGAUGUAGAGAUAAAGAUCCUUUAAUCAGGAUGUCUGCUUUGUCCAAUUUGGCUGAAAUCGCUUUGGUUUUACAUUACCGAAUUGGAUCUAUUAUUUACGAGGUAUUGCUGUGCAUAUGGAGCGUAAUAGAGUCAGACAAGGCAAUAGAAUGUCGACGAGCAGCAGUCAUGGUCAUAUCAAGUCUUUUAAAGGGAUUAGGAAAAGAAACCUUAAUGCAGCUCAAAGAUAAUUUAUUACCGAUCUAUAGGACUUUAAAAAAAUUAUACAGAGACGAAAACGAAGACUCUGUUGUUAGACUUCACUCGCAAAUUGCCUUAGACGAACUUAAUAAUAUUGUACGUGAAUCAUUGCCUGAUUUGAAAAUGGAAAAACAUAUUUUCGUAUUAGAUAAGCCAGAAGAUGUUUUUAAAUAA